ACCUGCGUCCGCUUUUCAUGGCACAGAAGAGAAUGAUUACCAUGCAAACUAAGACUCUGUUCCAUAUACCGAAAAUGGCAGUUCAUUCUAGGGGAUAUAACCACACUGUUGGGGAUAUUUCACAUUACGAUUCUCUUGAUAUGAGUCAGUAUAUUAUUCAUGCAGAGACUUGUGAAGAGCUCGCAUAUGUGUUCAAUAAGUAUCCCGAAGAGCUUGCUCAUCAGCAUAUCGCAAAUGCAUUCUUGAAAAUUGGUGGUUAUAACUAUGACAGAGGUGAUGAAUUCUUUGAAGUUAUCCUUCCAAGAGUCAAAGAACAACUAAAAGUUUAUGAUAGGCACUGUAUCAGAUCUGUGUUCAAGAUCAUAAAAGGUGCUGCAGGAAUGAGGCUUCAGGACAACGAGUUCUGGGAACUCGUUGAAGAGAAGCUCAUUGACGACAGACUUUUUAGAUACCUGACACUAGACGAGACUUGUUCCCUUGUUGAUCUGUUAGGGCUAGUGCAGAGAGGUUCUGAUGAGCUGAUCGAGCUAUGCGAAAAAUAUAUUAUUAAGCACAGAAAAUCACUCAUUCCUAAGAAUAUCAGAGAGGCAGCGAAGGGAUUUAAGAAGUUGAAUAAAGGAAGUGCGGUGCUGUUUGAAGUUUUGCAGGAUCCAACCAGAGGACUCAAGCAGAUCAAUGAGUAAUAAUGAGACUUUAUGACAAAUUUCAAUUGAAUCAUAA